GGUAUCGAGAAGGAUUUCUGUGGAAGAGAGGACGUGAUAACGGGCAAUUCUUAAGCCGAAAAUUCGUGUUAUCGGAGAGGGAAGGUGCGCUGAAGUACUUCAACAAAAACGACGCAAAAGAACCCAAAGCAAUUAUGAAGAUCGAACAUCUAAAUGCGACUUUCCAGCCUGCAAAAAUCGGGAACCCACACGGACUGCAGAUCACUUACUUGAAGGACAAUAGCACAAGGAACAUCUUUGUCUAUCAUGAAGAUGGCAAGGAAAUAGUGGAUUGGUUCAACGCCAUCCGAGCAGCACGUUUUCAUUACUUGCAAGUGGCAUUCCCUGGAGCCAGCGAUGUUGAU